CGUCAAGGGCAGAGAACGACGGCUCGACCACGAGACUGAGCUCGGAAAUAUCGCAGAAAACGCGAUUAUUUAACAGACGAGCGUGGAACACGUGGUUCCAGACAGUCCAGCAGUCGGACCAUGGGCCCAGCCGUGUGGGCGGGGCUCCGGGCGGGGCUCCGCGCGGUACACCCGGGGGCCGCCGCGGUGAGCAAAUCAAACGCGACUGUCCUGUGCAGAGCAGCGUUGCAGAGGAAGAGGCCCGUUCCCCCAGCUCUUAUCCCCUGCUGCAGAGCUCUGUCCAGAGAGGCCGGACAGCUGCAGUCCUCAGCCAGGAUGCCAGAGGUCACCGCAGAGGUCACCACCGAUAACCUGGACGAGAAGCAGGUGCAGCUGCUGUCAGAGAUGUGUAUCGUCAUCGACGAAAACGACCGGAAGAUCGGCGGGGACACCAAGAAAAACUGCCACCUGAACUCCAACAUAGAUAAAGGUCUCCUGCACAGAGCUUUCAGUGUUUUCCUUUUCAACAGCGAGGAGAAGUUGCUCUUACAACAGAGAUCCGAUGCCAAAAUCACCUUCCCAGGUUGUUUCACAAACACGUGCUGCAGCCACCCUUUGAACACAGACAGCGAGCUGGAGGAGAGUAGUGCCUUAGGAGUGAGGAAGGCCGCUCAACGGAGACUCAAAGCUGAACUGGGAAUCCCUCUGGAGCAGGUGACUCCAGAAGAAAUGACGUAUCUAACUCGAAUCCACUACAAGGCCCAGUCGAACGGCAUUUGGGGAGAGCAUGAGAUCGAUUACAUACUCUUCAUGCAGAAGGAUGUGGAGCUGAGUCCAGAUCCCAAUGAGAUCAAAUACCACUGCUAUGUGAGCAAGGAGGAGUUGAAGGUGAUGCUGGAGAAAGCCAAGCGCAAGGAGCUGGAGAUCACUCCCUGGUUCAGCCUCAUUGCAGAGACCUUCCUCUUCAAGUGGUGGGACAACCUGCACAACCUCAAGGAGUUCAUGGACCACAACAAGAUCCAUCGCAUGUAACGACACAAGAGUUUAACGAUUGCCUGGUACACAAGCCAGCCCAGCCGACACUUGUGCCCGCGGCGUCGAUGCCCGCGGCUCUCAUGUCUCAAAAGAGCGGGCAGGAAGUACGUUAGUCUUGUUUAACGUCGACGGGUAAGACGGUUUACAGGUUUUAGCACUCUAGCGCUUAUAUCACUGCAGUAGUGCUGGUAGACUGACUCAUGAGCUGCACUGUUUCGAGAAGAUUUCUUAUAUUCAGAUUUAUGUAGAACAGUUCCGGCUCCUCAAAUAAGCUUAUUUUUAUACGGAGAGAGUUGCUGAUGAAGGGUCAGUGAAUUGCUCUGUACAAUGUUAACGGUGAUCUCAGAGAACAAGCUGUGUCUUUGUACCUUUGUACACAAUAAAAUGUUUACUAGGGGGA